AUGGCCCAGGUCAUGGGGGAUGUAGGCCGAUGGAUCCUGCUAGGAUGUCUCCUCCUGCCCGCCUCCGUUCUGGGCUCCCAGGAGACCGGGAAGGUGAUCCAAAUCAACAAGGUCCACCACCAGCCCCUCCGGGUGGGCCUGGCUGAGCCAGUAGCCCUCCCCUGCCUCUUCCUGCUGCAGCCAUCCACCUCCCUGGGCCCGAGCGAGCCGUCUGACCCGCCGCGCAUCAAGUGGAGCAAGGUGCAAUCGGCGACGGGGCAGCCAGAGGACAUCUCGGUGCUGGUGGCCAAGGACAAUGUGGUGAAGAUCUCCAAGGGGUACGAAGGGAGGGUCUCCCUGCCGAGCUACCCCCACCGCCGCUACAAUGCCACGCUGCUGCUUUGGGCUGCCCGGGCCAGCGACGCCGGCCUCUACCGUUGCGAAAUCGUGGCCGGGAUACACGACGAGCAAGAUCUGGUACCCCUAGAAGUGACAGGUGUGGUGUUCCAUUACCGGGCGGCCAGCAACCGUUACGCGCUGACUUUUCCGGAGGCUCAGGAGGCCUGUCGGGAGAACUCGGCGGCCAUCGCUUCCCCGACCCACCUCCAAGCCGCGUUUGAGGACGGCUACGACAACUGUGACGCCGGAUGGCUGGCCGACCGCACAGUCAGGUACCCCAUCACCCUUUCCAGGCCUGGUUGCUAUGGAGAUCGCAACAGCCUCCCGGGGGUGCGGAGCUAUGGCGAGAGGGACACCCAGGAAGCUUAUGAUGUUUAUUGCUUCUCCAGAGAGCUGCAAGGAAAGGUGUUCUACGCAUCCAGCCCCGGACGGCUGACAUUUCAGGCGGCCCAGAAGUACUGUGUCAGCCGGGGAGCUCUGUUGGCUACCACCGGGCAGCUGUACCUCGCUUGGAGGGAAGGGCUUGACCAGUGUGACCCAGGCUGGCUGGCCGACGGAAGUGUCCGGUACCCAAUUCGCAUCCCUCGGAAGAAAUGUGGGGGAGAGGAGCCCGGCGUGAGGACCAUCUAUCAGUUCCCCAACCGGACGGGUUUCCCGGAUCCAGCAAUGAAGUUCGACGCCUUCUGCUUCAAAGCUCGGCAACAAGCCAAGAAGCAGGAAAGUCUCAAGGACCGAGAGCCUGUCGACCAGGAUCCGGAAGGCAGCCGUGAUUGGGGGAUCGAAAAUGUCUUAGUGGAGCACGACACGGAUCUGCCGCUGCUGUCGCAGAACGAGCUUUUCCCGAAAGACAAUGACGACUCCAUCAUGUCAGGAGAUUCCAAAGAGCUCGGCAGGGAUCCGUACGGACCCUCGCACAAAGCGCCGAUACCGUCGUUAGAAGAAGACGAACAGCUGCAGCUGGUGACGGAUUUGCCAGCGGGAAAAGAAACAGGGAAGGGGAGAACGGCGGCAACGAAGGCACCCCUUUUGGGCGGAGACAGUAAAGACCCACCCCCCUUCGCCUCCUCUCCCGAGACCCCAGACAAAGACCAGUUGCUCAGCCGAGCUGACCAGGCUCCAAUCCAUACGUCGAAGCAGCAGGACUUGGGACAAGCGAACACCACCGACGAAUCCGCCAACAUCAGCCAAACUUUAGCAGUGUCCCCUUCUUUGGCAGAAGAAGGCUUCCCGACAGAGGGGGUUACCCAUUCGGUAUAUCCAACCUGGUUGCAAGGGACCGCCCAUCGGUCGAUCCCCCCAGGGACUGCGUCCCCGAACCUGCAACAGCCCUCCCGAACCCACAUCCCUAAGGGGCACCCCAUGGACCCCACUCUUGCCCCUGCUGUGACAACACUCAGAGAGCACCCGGUCGCCACCGCAGUGACCUCAACCUUUGCAGCUCUCCCUGAAUCGACCCGGAAAAGCAUUUAUACUGGGCUGAAUGGGCGCUAUUUUCAGGAAGGCCAAGAAGACCCAGGCGUCGAGGGGGACCCAGAAGGUAACACUGCGUCCCCCACGGCCUUUCCUGUGUUGGCCCUGGAAGUACAAAAGAUGGUGGAUAACUCUAUUGCGCCCCCUGGUGGAGCCGAACCGAGUCCCGCCUCCUCUCUUGGAGUCAGCCUGAACUUUCCAGUUUCCAAUGAAGUGGAAGGGAACCGAUUAGCAGCAUCCGUGGAUCAGGGCCACCACCCUGAGAUGACUUUCUCUCCUGCAUCGUUCUCUGUGCAAGACGUUGGGGCCGAAGAGGCCAUCCGCCCGCCUCAAAUCCCUGACCCGCCAGAGAGCCAAUCCUUUCCCACAGAUCACCAGCAUCCUGACACACUAAUGCCAGCCGUGGCCAAUGGAGCGCUUUAUCCCCAAGAGGUUGGCACGGUGGCAGAAGAAGAAGACGCACCCCUGGGCACCAGCAUCCGAGGAGACUACCCUCAGGGUUUGCCGCAGGCUCUGGACAAUGAGGGCGGGUUCUCGGGCAACGAGAACGUUAUGCCAACGAUCCCGACCAAUGCUCCGCAUCAGAGGCCCGAGGCCCACCCCGAUGAGGGAAGUGCCCAGCCUGAAUACGACUCCCAAGGAACCCCAGAAAAGGCCGUGAGCUUUGUGGAAGAGGUUCCGGGGCCUGGUUUUCAGGCCCAGCAUGACUCGCUGGGGGUUUCCCAGGGACUGAUGGAGAAAGAUGGCCUGUAUUCAGAUAAACAGCAAAGGGAGACAGGCCUAUUGAACGUGGCUGGCGAGGAAGCCACCCUGGAAGAGUCCACCCAGCGUUCAGAAGACCCGGCUGAGCUGAGGGGGCGAGGCGCUGUCACCCUUCCGCCCGAGGACAUUCCCUCGCUGACCCCGGACAACUUUUACCCGCACGUGGCUCGGCUUGUCUCAAGGGAACCCGAGGCGUGGCUGGCUGCCGGCGACAACCAAGACGGCCGGGAGGCCACGACAGACGUGAAGCCGAAAGAACCUCAGGAGACGGAGGGUCUGGCGCCGACAGAUGGCACCGCAAGCACAGAGACGCUGAGCCUUCUCGAGCCAAACGAGCCCCAGGAUGCAGUCAGUCACGGUGCAGGUGGCCAUCUUGAAGCCAACGUGACAGGCAGCGGCCGCCACACUGGCGCAGCACUUCCAGAAGCUGUUGGCACGAUUGGACUCGGCCUCGUCCACUGGCGAGACGGAGCUACCGCUGGGCCUUCCGUCCACAGUGAAGCUGACCUUUACACUUCCACCUGGUUCGUUCCAGACAAGGACGUAGAGGCCCUAACCCAGCACGUCAACAAGGAAGAAGACCAGACACCAUGGAGUUUAUCUGACACUGGAAUCUCUCUCCUACUCCAGGGCAUGUCAGAGCCUACGAGCCCUCAACGGGCCCGAGAUCUCCACCCAAGCAUGGGGCCCUCCAUCCACCCCAGCAAGGAAGCAGUGGAAACUGGACAGGCGGGUUACCUUCCUGUCACCCCAGGCGAACUGUUGGGGAUUUUUCCGAUGGAGGCUGAUAGCGGUAGCGGAGAAGAAAGAAGGGAGGUGUUUACAGUCGAAGGGGUUGUGAGUCUGGCAUGGGCCGAGGAGACCAACGGCAGUUCUCUGGCUGAGGCCGAUCCUUGCGACCAUGAGCCCUGUUUGCACGGCGGGACCUGCCAGUCCGACGGGAACAUCUCCAGCUGCACCUGCCCCCAGGGUUUCACAGGGGAGAACUGCGAAAUAGAUAUCGACGAUUGCCUGUCUACCCCCUGCCAGAACGGCGGCACCUGCAUCGACGAAACCAACUCCUUUGUCUGCCUCUGCUUGCCCAGCUACGGGGGAAACUUGUGCGACAGAGACACGGAGGGCUGCGAACACAGCUGGCACAAGUUCCAGGGUCACUGCUAUCGCUACGUUGCUCACCGGCGCUCCUGGGAGGACGCGGAACGGGACUGCCGUCGGCGGUCCGGUCACCUGACCAGUAUCCACUCGAGGGAGGAGCAUAACUUCAUCAACAGUUUCGGGUACGAGAACACGUGGAUUGGACUCAACGACCGCAUCGUGGAACAGGAUUUCCAGUGGACGGAUAACACGGGACUGCAAUACGAGAACUGGCAAGAAAACCAGCCAGACAACUUCUUUGCGGGUGGCGAGGAUUGUGUGGUGCUGGUGUCGCAUGAGACCGGCAAGUGGAACGAUGUCCCGUGCAACUACAACCUCCCAUACGUCUGCAAGAAGGACACAGUGCUUUGUGGGUCUCCCCCCUCGGUCGAGAAUGCCUACCCCUUAGGCAAGAGGAAGAAGAAGGAGAAGUACAGUGUCCAUUCCACGGUACGCUACCAGUGCGAGAAAGGAUUCAUCCAGAGGCACCUGCCCACCAUUAGGUGCCAUGAUGAUGGGACGUGGGACCAGCCCAGAAUCCUCUGCACAAAACCCAGACGGGCCCAUAGAACCCGGAGACACCACCGCCACCAGCACCACCAGCACCACCAGCACCACCACCACAAAUCCCGCAAGGACCGGCGAAAACGCCCCAAGCGCCCGAAGUUGGACUGGACAGAGGAGGACGGGAACUACUUUUAACG